GUGCAUGUUUGGUACCUAUCUGUGUUACUGGUGUGUGUGCCUUUAAAAGUCUUGUGAGAUACAAAAGAGAAAGUAAAAUGUACUCAUUGUCUUUCAUGCCACAGACACGAAAGAGAAGUGCUCUACACAAAAUGGAGGAAAUGAGGAGUAUUGUGCUUUUGGGAAAAACUGGAUCAGGAAAAAGCAGCCUGGGAAAUACAAUUUUGGGAGAAAAGAAAUUUAAGGUUAACGUUUCUUCCAAAUCUGGGACAAAAUUCUGUGAGGAAUUAACCAAAAAUAGUGAAAUAAAACUGAUCGAUACACCAGGUUUAUUUGACACAGACCCACAAAGCAGUGAUCUGAGCCCUGAGCUCCUCAGGUGUAUAGAGCUGUGUGCCCCUGGACCUCACGCUUUUCUGCUGGUGCUUAAAGUGGAGGUGUACACCAAACAGGAGCAGGCUGUGGUGGAUCUCAUGCUCAAGUACUUCUCUGAGGAGGCACUCAAAUACACCACACUGGUCUUCACUCAUGGUGACCAGCUGGAAGAGGGGGUUACAAUAAAGGAAUGGGUCAAAGACAAUGAAGCAUUGAGCACCCUGGUUGAGAAAUGUGGAGGUCGCUGUCAUGUGUUUGAUAAUAAAUACUGGAACACCGACCAGGAUCCAUACAGGAACAACCAGCACCAGGUCAAAGAGCUGCUCAAGACCAUUGACCAAACUGUGCAGAAGAACGGAGGGACAUACUACACCAAUGAGGUGCUGAAAAAUGUUGCAGCUGAUAAAAGUUUCCUGGUCACACUGGCAGGUGUUUCCACAGGCAUCUUGUUAGGAGCUUUACUGGGCAUACCUGCCAUGGUGCUGAUGGUUCUUAAAGCAAGAAAUGCACUUGGAACAAAGGCUGCAUUAGCCACUGGUGCUGCCGUGGGGGGUGUUGUGGGUGCAGCAUAUGGAGGAUACAGAGGAUAUAAAGCAGCUGAAGAAGCAGAAACCCCAAAAGAAGCAGCAGAGGCAGUGUGGCAUGAAGCUAAAGAUCUUCUUUCAAAUAUGAUGUUCUGUAACAAUAAAUAUCACAAAUUAGACUGAGGGGUGUCAAAUUAUUGCGUUAAUUGCGAUUGAUUAAUUAAUUACAAUCAUAUUUAGUGCGUUAUGUUUUUUAAUCGCGUUAAUCUCAUUUUUAAUCUCUAACUUUACUGUUUCUGUAGGUGAGUUGCCUUAUUAUAAAAUCAGUUUUUUUGUGUUGUUGGGUUUUUUUGUGUUUUUUCUUUUCUCCACUUAGUUUAUGAAAAUUAGCCAUGCAGUUUUAAACUUCGUUUCGGUAAGACUUGCGCAAAGCUGCAUUAAACACAUUAUAUGAUCAAACUGGCUGAUGUGGCUCUAGAGUGCUGAUGGCUUUUAUGUUAUAAAGUUGAGUUUAUUUAUGCAGAUUACUAAUAGUAAUAAGAAUGACGAGACUUAUUAUAUAAAAACGUUAAUGAUCGAAAAUUGAUCGUUAAUUCUCCUGAUGAUCAAUUAAUAAAAUUUCAUUGAAUGCCCAUCCCUAAUGGGGACGUUCUCUUUCUUAAACUCUAUCAAACACAGAGAAACGGAAAGGAAUUGUCUAAAAUGUGUGCAAGGUUAGACUACAUCUGCAAAUUUAGGCUGCUUAAAAAUGUUUUAAUAAUGCCAAAAUAAAAUAUCCAGCACAAAUGAUGUAUAAUAGGCUCACAUUAAUCAUUUGUAUAUUUUACUUUACUCUCAUAUUUAGUUUGCGGGACUGCAGUUUAUCAUCCCACCCGCCCACUCCUGUAUCGUGCAAUCUUGUUCCAUCCGCGCCGCAAUGAGCUUUCAAAAUGUGUCCUGCACUGAACUGCUUUGUGUCGGGUCCCGCGGGUGCAGGGCUCCAACUUGAUGUUUUAUUUCAUUUUAUUUUCUAAUUAUUUAGAGUUUGACAAAAGAACACAGUGGAAUGUAAAUGACUGCAUCUGUUAAAAUUUGUUAAACAAUAAAUUACUUUAUAAAGUCA